AUGACGGUAAAUUUCCAGGGCAGACAUUCUCCAGGCUUCUCCCGAGUGCAGCUCAGCGAACAAGCUUUCCUGAAGUAUAUUCACUCAUCAGAGACACUGACCCUGACGCUGAACCACAUAGCCGAGCAUUUGUUGGAGGCAGAUAUUAAACUCUUCAGGAAAUACUUUUGGGACAGAGCCUUUCUUCUCAAGGUUCUUGAAGAUCAAGAAGCCAGGCCAGAGGAAAGACAAGACAUGCCAUCCAGUGCUGCAGAAACUGAAGAAGAGAUUAAGAAUUUGGUGACCAGCAGAUCGUCACCUGAAAAGGAGGAUGUAAAGUGUGUGGAAAACCUGGUGGUUCAACCGAAUGACCACGAAGACCGGGACAGUCUAGAUUCGGUUGCGGGGCCCUUGGAGCUGAGCCGACGAGCCUGCGGAAGGACCAGACGUUGUCUGGGCACCAGGACAUCCCAUGGCACAGUGAAG